AGCACUAGCGAAACAAGAGUGGUGACUGGCGUUCACUUCACCUGCGCUGGCGUCAGUAUCACUCAGUGAACAGACCCUGACGAUUCCUUUCAGCCGCGCUUAAGUCCGUAUUUUUGUGAACGAUCAUCAACGUCACACAACAUAAUGUCACAAAGAAGGCUACUGGUUGGCGCCAUUGUGGCCAUCUCCCUCGCGUCGGUCGUCACCUGCGCGCAGAUCGAAGACCCUUGCAAGAUGAAGUCGCGCGUCGUCGGCGACGACAAAUACUGCGACAAGUACUGGGAGUGCGACAACGGCCAGUCUGUGCAGUACGACUGCCCUAACGGUUUAGUGUUCGCUGGGAAACAUAGGGGUGUGACUGAGGGCUGUGACUACCCGUGGAGGUCGAACUACUGCGAGUACCCUAAGGUUCAGAUAAAUCCCCCGAUCGGCACGGAGCAUUGCGACUGGUUGUACGGCAUCUUCGGGCACGAGACGUCGUGCACGCGUUACUGGACGUGCUGGAACGGGACGGCCACUGAACAGCUCUGCAUCGGCGGUCUGCUGUACAACGAGCACGCUCACUCUUGCGACUGGCCCGAGAACGUCGACGGAUGCCAGAAGCACCCUCUUUGCAAUGAAGACCCCAACGGCAACGUACCCCUCGGCAAAUCCUGCAACCGCUACUGGCAAUGCCAAGGGGGCUACCCGCGUCUGCAGCGCUGCCCGGCCAUGCUUGUGUUCGACCGCCGUUCACUGCGCUGUGUAGUACCCCCUACUGAGGAGUGUGAUGUUCCUACCACCACCCCGUCACCCCCAGAGGAUGAACCUAGAGAGAGACAGAACCAGCGACCGAACAACGAGUACCAGGAGCAAGCGCAGCAACGCCCCAACAGGCCCAGGAACUGAAGCUAGGGACUGACACAAAGUACGAGAAGACAAAUAAACUAGAACAGUUCAAACUGUCACCGCUAGAUGGUGCUAUUAUCAAUUUUAACUAAAAUUACGGUUAGGAACGAUAUUCUUUCAAUAUUUUUGGAUAGGAUAGGUUGGAUCAAACCGGCUAUUAGGUACCGAAUUUAGCGUUAGUACCUACAUUUUUUGUAUGGGUUUAUGGACUAGUUCCUCAUUUGAACAGUGGUAAAAUUCGCUUUAAAAAUUUUUAGAAAAAAAGAAGAAGUUACGUUUGUAAACGACACUGGUGUCGUGCUUAGAGAAUGAUCGCUUGCUGUGUUCUACUAACGCGAUCACUCGUUAUCCACAUAUUUUAUAUUUUUAUAUUUAUUGUUCAUAAUGAAUAUUUUUGAACUGUGACAAAUCUAAAACCUGAAUACUGGUUUUUUGUCUUCUUGUAUUUUCUUAGAUUAUAAGAUCUCCCUUCUCUGUUCUUUACCAUUGUAUUCGGUCAGUGUGAAUUUUCCCACCAUAAAACUGAAAUUUUAGUCGCUAAGUGUGUUUGGAAGGUUUUGGUUUGUCAUUUUUAUUAUUUCUCAACAUCACAAUAUCAAUCAACAUGAAAUAGAGAUUUUGAUAAGAAAUUUAUUUCAUUAAAAAUAUCCAUUAAGAAUAUAUUAUUUUAGUCCUAACAAGGAUAAUUUAUAUAGGAUUUAAAUUCCUCAUACUAUGAAUCGUACCCCGAUUUUUCAGCGCCACCUAUUAAUACUAUCAUAACUACACUGAUGAUGCCUACAAAUUUAUUUUUUUCAAAAUGUGAAUUGACGAGAUUUCAUAAUAUUAUAUAAAAAAAAAAAAAUUGGAGACACCUUACACAGA